AUGCUCUCCGCUGCCUUCGCUGUUCACCCCGCCGCCGUCGCGUCGCAGCGGCAUUCGGUCCGCCAGCACCAGCAAUUCUGCGCUCCAAUCCGGACCGCGACGCCAAGGCGGCGGUUGCCAGUGGCGAUGCUUUCGGUCACUAACGCCGUUGCCACCCAGAGCCGCGAGAGCUCCCCCGCGGCGCCUCGCAAGCUCUCUUUCCCGAUACUGGUGAACAGCUGCACCGGGAAAAUGGGGAAGUCUGUUGCUGAAGCAGCUGUGUCUGCUGGUCUUCAGUUAGUUCCGGUGUCAUUCAGUGCAAUAGAGGUUCCUGAUGGAAAGCUCAACAUCUGUGACAGAGAUAUUCAUAUUCAUGAUCCAUCUGAAAGUGAACGUAUUCUCCGUUCCAUUGCUAAGGACUACCCAGAUAUGAUAGUUGUUGACUACACAGUGCCUGAUGCUGUUAAUGCCAAUGCUGAACUUUACUGCAAACUUGGCUUGCCAUUUGUAAUGGGCACAACUGGUGGAAAUAGGCAACUGUUGAACAAAACUGUGCAGGAUGCGAAUGUUUAUGCUGUGAUAUCUCCACAAAUGGGGAAGCAGGUUGUUGCUUUCCUUGCUGCCAUGGAAAUCAUGGCAGAGAAAUUCCCUGGUGCAUUUGCAGGUUACAAACUAGAGGUAAUGGAGUCUCAUCAAGCGACAAAAUUGGAUGUUUCUGGCACUGCCAAAGCUGUAAUCUCUUGCUUUCAGAAGUUGGGUGUCUCAUUCGACUUAGACGAGCAACGAGGUGUCCCUGCUCUGAUGGAUCCUAGGAGAAGAGCUACAUCAGAUGAUCCAGUUUGGAAUUAUGGGUUUUGGCCAGAUUUAGAGAGGAAAGAUUUACUCCAGUGUACAUUGUGUGGCAAGAUAGUCCAUGCUGGAGUGAGAAGGCUGAAGCAACACCUUUCUGGGGGUUGUAGUGAUGCAGAUAUGUGUCCCAAGGCAUCUACGGAGAUUAGGAUAGAGAUGCGCAAAUCCUUAAACACUAGAAAGUUUAAAGCUAUGGAGCGAUAUAUUGACGAGAAGGAUGAAGCUGAAGUUCAAAGGCGCCUUUCUGUCAUAUACAGAAGAUGA